CUUUCAGGGACUUUUUAUAGGGGGUUGUUCCUGGUGGCCUUGGUGCUUUGUCUAUAACUGAUGAGCCUCUUCACUCAGCCCAUGAGCCUCCUCCCUUGAAGUGAAACAAGGAGGCGCGCGAGAGAGAGAGAGGGAGGGCAGCUCACCUCACCAUGGUGCUGCCGCCACCUGACAAGCGCCACGUGUGUCUGACCACCAUUGUCAUCAUGACCAGCAUGGCCUUCAUGGAUGCCUACCUGGUGGAGCAGAACCAAGGGCCACGGAAGAUUGGUGUCUGCAUCAUUGUCUUGGUGGGAGACAUCUGCUUCCUCAUCGUGCUGCGCUAUGUGGCAGUAUGGGUGGGGGCUGAGGUGAAAACAGCCAAGCGGGGCUACGCCAUGAUCCUGUGGUUUCUCUACAUCUUUGUGCUGGAGAUCAAGCUGUAUUUUAUAUUUCAGAAUUACAAAGCAGACAAGAAGAAUCUGGAGACAGUGGCCAGGAAGGCUUUGACCUUGCUCCUGUCCAUCUGUGUGCCAGGGCUCUACCUGGUGCUGGUGGCCUUAGACAGCAUGGAGUACAUACGAACCUUCAGGAAGAAGGAGGAUCUGCGGGGACGCCUCUUCUGGGUGGCCCUGGAUCUGCUGGAUAUAUUAGAUAUUCAGGCCAAUCUAUGGGAGCCACAUAAGACUGGGCUUCCCAUCUGGGCAGAAGGGCUCAUGUUCUUCUAUUGUUACAUACUGCUCUUGAUCCUACCUUGUGUCUCUCUUAGUGAGAUUAGCAUGCAAGGGGAGCACAUUGCUCCACAGAAAAUGAUGCUCUACCCUGUGCUGAGCCUGGUCACCAUCAACAUUGUCACCAUAUUCAUCCGGGCCAUUAACAUGGUCUUGUUCCAGGACAGCAGGGUCUCCACUAUCUUUAUUGGCAAGAACAUCAUUGCUAUAGCCACCAAGGCAUGCACUUUCUUAGAGUAUAAGAAACAGGUGAAAGAAUUCCCCCAGAAUGCUAUUGCCCUGGAGCUCCAGCAGAACUCAAUCUCUCACAAUCAGACUAUCCACAGUACACAGGGAAUUUCUCAUGAGCAGUCACCCACUAGGGAAAUUCUAGAUACAUGACGGAUCACCUCUGGACAUCAGCAUUGGCUUGAAUUGCAUUGAGGAGUGUAGGGAGAAGGAUCUCUCUCUCGCUCGCUCUGGCAGUGCGAACGCUCCUGACUACAACAGAUGGUGCAGUGCAGCUGCCCUGGUGAAUCCAACCAGGGCCAACAUGAAUGGAAGCAGAUGCCGAUGAGAGCUAAUAAUAAUGAUGAUGAUGAUGACGAUGCAUUUCACCCCAGCAUCAGCGUUUAUAAAGAGGGCUGCUUUCCACAGCUACUAUAUUUUUAAAAACAAAAUAUUUCCAUAAACCGGAAAGAAGUGCUGCUUGAGCCACAUGACCAUGGGAGGGCUGGGAACCAGCACCAUGUACAGAUCUUCUCCCCUUUGGGCAUGGCAAAUGGCUCAUACAAGCAGCUGUGGGGCAGCUGAAUAAUAAAAAUAAAAACCCAGUGAGAACAAAUGGAUCUGUAGUUGUGUCUGUGUUUGGCGGCAUGUGGAGGGCUUGUAGUACUGCAGCACUGCUGGUAUCCCAUCUCAUUUGGGAUCUCCUGAACCCACAGCACUUCCUGCCACCAGCAUUCCAAGCUCCACAGCAUCUUCUCUUGCUACUCCAUCCUGAUUCCAAAGCACAUGGCUGUGCUCUCUUCUCCCCAGAGAGCAUGAUCAUGAUGCGUCUCACGGCCUCCCCCAGGUGCCAUAGCUUGCUCAUUCUGCUGCCUAGAGCUGGCUGAAAAAUUUUUGAUGGAACAGUUUUCCAUCAGAAAAUGAUGUUUCAUCGAUUGCAAAAUGUUUUAUGGGAAUGUGUUGAUUCUGAUGACGUUUUUCUAUAGAAAAAUUUCAAAAUGAUUGGCAGUCAAACUGAAAUAUUGUGCUUUGACUUUCUCAUUUCAU